CUAAACACCCCGCUCCAUUCUGAGAGGAAGAAGCCCAGAGUGCCAGAUCUGGAAUAAAGAAUCCAGGUUUUUCCCCAUUAGCACUACUAGCAAAUAGUAAUCAUAACUUCAAUGUCUAUGGCACCUCUCAUUCUUGCACUGUAGAUUGUUAAAGUUUUCAAGGGAAAUCUAACCUAGCCCCAUACAAAGAAUGGAGUGCCAGCCUCUGCUGAAAGGUCAUAGAAGCCCCCGCAAGCUGCCCAGCUGGACCCUGGUUCUGGCUGUUUGUGCUGUAGGAAUUGGAGGGACAUUUCAAUAUGGCUAUAAUGUUUCCAUUAUCAAUGCGCCCACUGUGCACAUCCACAAAUUCCUAAAUGAAACUUGGAGCAGUCGCUAUCAGACUGAACUGAAUACAAGCUUGCUGACUCUUCUCUGGUCGGUCAUUGCUUCCAUAUUUUCCCUUGGUGGUCUGUGUGGAGCUCACAUUGGAGGCAGCAUGGCCAUUAAACUAGGCAGAAAAGGAGCUCUUCUGGUGAACAAUUUCAUAGCAAUACUGGCCUCCAUUUUAAUGGGGAUCAGUUUUCCAACAGGAUUGUUUGAGUUAUUGAUGGUUGGCAGAUUUCUGAUUGGUGUAAACACAGGUAUUGGCCUCUGUGUGCAACCUCUCUAUAUUGGGGAAAUUGCUCCAAAACAUCUCCGAGGCACUAUGGCCAUGGGCAGUUCCAUAUUUUUGACUGGAGGAAUUCUAACAGGACAAAUAAUUGGUCUAAGGGAAUUACUUGGUGGAGAAAAGUAUUGGCCUAUCUUGCUCUCCAGCAGCUGUAUCCCAGCAUUAGCCCAACUGCUUUUCCUCCCCUGGUUUCCUGAAAGUCCCAGGUAUCUUCUUAUUGACAGACAGGAUGAGAUGAAAUGUACCAAGGCUUUGAAGUGUUUCCAUGGGCCCUUGCAUUACCAGGCAGAGAUGGAGGAUAUACAGCGAGAACAUCUUGUCUUAAAUGGGGAGAAACCCAAGAAGCCAUGGCAACUAUUUGGUGAUCGCAGUGUAAAGUGGCAGCUCAUUACCGUGAUUGUGAUGGCUAUGGGCCAGCAGCUCAGUGGGAUCAAUGCUAUUUAUUUCUAUGCAAGUUACAUUUUUAAACAAGCUGGGAUCCCUGCUGAAAAAAUCUCAUAUGUUACACUAGGCACUGGAGCUUGUGAAUGCCUGACAGCCCUCACCUGUGGUUUGCUGAUUGAUUACCUGGGAAGAAGAUUUCUCAUCAUUGGAGGAUACACCCUGAUGAGCUUUUGGUGUAUAGUGUUAACAUUUUCCCUGACGUAUCAGGAGCUGUAUCCCUGGGUGCCUUACUUAAGCAUGGCUUCUAUAUUUGCUUUCAUCUUGAGCUUUGGGUUGGGUCCAGGUGGCAUAACAAACACACUGACUGCUGAAUUAUUUACACAGUCUUCACGGCCUGCAGCUUACAUGAUAGGAGGGUCUGUUAGUUGGCUGAGUUUCUUCACAAUAGGAAUGAUCUUCCCCUUUAUAGUGAAUGGACUGAAGCAAUAUUGUUUUGUGGUGUUUUUACUGGAAAGCUUGUUGGUUGCCAUUUUCAUCUUCUUUGUAAUUCCUGAGACAAAAAACAAAUCUUUUCUGGAAAUCAAGCAAGAAUUCCAACAGCUUAAUUUCAGAGGAAGAGUCAAGGAGAAGGAAGCAGAGCUAUAUGAAAGACGACAGCUCUGCAAUGAAUUUUAAAGUGCACUUUAGAGGUGCACUCACAGGUAACGGGCAGUCACAUUCAUGGGAAUUAUACAUAGAUGAUCCCAUAUAGUAUAUAAAGAAAAAUAGUAUUAAGGGUGGUAUUCAAACACAACUUGUUAUAUAAGGUGAAACUUGGUAGAUUACUGGAAUGUCAUAAGACAUUAUCAACAAUACUAUGUUUUUACGCAGGCAUACAGUAUUGCGGCCUACAAAGUAGACUGAAUUAAAUAAAAAUAUUUAGAGAUAUUUGAGUAUGUUACAUAUCCAGAAACAAUUAUGAUGACCUGGUCUCUUGGAGUACAGAUUUCAUUGGGGAUUUCUCCAUUCAUUCAAUGUGAAUCCAUGGCAUGCCUCACACUCUGACCUUUAAAGUGCCAAUAUGAGGAAUUUGGGAAACAGAGAUGGGGUUAGAGCAUCAUUUUUUGAAAUAAAAUGCAGCUGUUACUCCAGUGUGAUAUUAGAAUGCUGAACAUUUAAGAUUGGCCACACUGAACACAAACAUAUUGCUGAUUGAGAGUCUUCUUACUACAUAAAAACACUCCUCCUCUGGCCAUCAGGCUAAUCCUCUGACAGGUCCCAGACUACUUGAUGCUCUUCCUAUACACUCUAAUACCUAUUUCUGUGACAGCACAAAAUGGACACAAGCAAUUAGUCCAAUUGGAAUAAAGGAAGUAGUUAAACUAUAUAUGUGCUUUUUAAGGUCAUGCUAAAAUAGAUUACAAGGACUGAAUGCCUUUCAGUAUCAAGAUACAACUAGCCUCCCUGAAAUUACAGGUGGAAAUUCAGUCUCAAUUAGGAAAAAAAUAUCAGAAACUAGCAUAACAGAUAUUUGGUGCUGUAUGAAAAUAACAAGAUACAUUGUGUUUGGCUCCUGGUGGAUGAAAAUAUGUGAUCACAAUAGUCAGUAAAUGGUAUCUACAGCAGAGAUGCCUAAAUUCAACUUGUGAUAGAAAUUGAACAUUUCUCUCAUCCUCUAGAGAUAGGUCAUUUCAAGACAGGAACACUAGCAGCACAGGAAGAAGACCAAGUAUAUUAGGGGUAGCCAAUUAUUUUUUGUCAAGCUCCCAAUUUAUUCAUCAAGUCCAGAUUCCAGAGAAGAAAGUAAAGCAAAUAAAAAUAUGUUGUUGUCCAUUCAAAAGUAUCUCAUGGUCCAGAUUUGGCCCCCAGUUUGCCUAUUGUUUACAUAUGAUGGAUAGCUUUAAUUGUCGAUAAUGUGCCUAUAGUGUGGAGGAGUUAUCUGUUUAUUCCCCAAGGCUUUCCAGCCAGCACUUUUAAUCAAAAGUGAACUCACAUUUUUAAUUUCCCUUAAAACUAAAACACCAAAAGUCUUAACUUAUUACAGCAUUUAUGUUUCCCUUUGAUGGUUGUUUCCUCACCCUAUAAGGAUCUAUUAUAGGAGCUGUUGCUACCAAUGGUGCCAUUCCACAAGUGAUAGAACAGCAGGAACAGUACAGCAAAGACUCCACGAUUUUGAUCAAUCUUUUCUAGAUCUAUUCAGCACAUGGUUAGAUGACACAACAAUUAAAACUGUUCUUCUCUAUACAGAGGUAAAGAGUAAAAUCAAUGGGAAUUUUUAGGGGAAAAGGCUAGCAAGACAAAGCCACUAUGUUUUUACUGCUUGUCAGGAAGUUAUUCUAACAAUGUAGUCAUUUGUUUUCACAAAAAUAUACAGAGAAAUUAGUUUCUGCUCCAGAAAUCACUGUCUGCACUACCAUGAAUGCGAAUACCAUGUGUGAAAUAAGGUCUUGUCUCAUUUACAGUCUCAAAACAGGCUAAGUAUAGCUCUUCUUUUUUUAUUCAGUGCACUGCUAGAGAUGGUAAAAAAAUUUAGUAUUACAAGGCAAUGUACAAAGUACACUAAAAUCUCCUGUUUUGCAUAUUUCAAUACACAGUGAUGUGAAAGGAAAUAAGGGCAGCUUUUGGGAAGAGAAUUUGAAAAGGUUCUUCUUACUAGGCUCAUGCAAAAAUCCAUCUUGCUCAACAUGACAGUAAGCAAGGUAAGAGUAAGAAUCACACUAGUUGGAGGAGACAAUGAAUUCCCAGCCCGAAUAAUCUAUGGCAGGGGUUCCCAACCUUUUUCAGUCCCCGUAACCCCUUGGCUUUUAGUAAACCUUCCCAUAUCCCCUAUUCAAUAUGAAAGGAAAUAUAUUCUAGACUCUAGAAUCCACAACUUUUUUCACUAACACUAUUACUUUUGGAAUAUUUCAAUUAGGAUAAUCUAGUUAUUUACCAAAUAUUCCCCAUACCUCCUUAACAAGCUUUUCGUACCCUCAGGGGGUACAUGUACCCCAGGAUGGGAAUCCUGAUCUAUGGCCUCAGUACAACUGAGAAAGUUAUUACCAUAUGUCUCCAGUCAUGCAAGAAACUUUCCAGUGAGCAAUCUUUGCUAAAACAUUUCCCACAAACAAGCACCAUUUUCCCCAUGGCUGUGAACAUUGAUAGCCAAAAUCCAGAGAAAAAUCCACCAAAGUGGGCAUUCAAGCAUUCUCUCCUACUGGAAGUUUUGUUGAAAGACAGUGGCAUCAGGCCUGACUAAAGCCAAAUAGCAACAGUAAUCUGCAUAUUCAGUUAUUUAUUGUCCACUAAGGAUCGAUUAGACACAUGUUUUGGGAUACAGACAGCGUAAACAGUGAGAGUAAGAAGUGUGGCCAAAAAGCCAGCAGUUGGAACUGAGCAGUUCAGAAUUCUUAUUGCCACCAACAUUUCACUUCCAAGACGGCCAACUAAUGACACUGGCACAUGGAUAUCUUCUGCACAGCUCUUCUGUUUCCGUAAGUAAAGAAGGAUAAAAAAAAAAAA